GCUCUUAAUUAUCCAUUUAUAUCUAUCCAAUCUGCUUGCUCUGUUCUACAAAGCAGGAAAUACAAUUGGCUGAGAGAAUUUUAAGUCCUGCUAUUAUCUUUUUCAUCUUUAAGUAUUGCCAUAAUCCUUGGAAAUACAUAUACUCUGUAAUCAGCCAUGUCUUCUCAUUCAUCCUCCUCCAAGAGACACCACAGGCUUUCAAGUGUAGCCAUGGAACGAACCUGUCAAUGGAUUUUUUCUCAGGAUAUUCCUCCUGAUGUCACCAUUAUAGUAGGAGACACAUACUUUUCACUACAUAAGUUUCCUCUUGUAUCCAAAAGUGGGUAUAUGCGAAGGCUGGUAGCAGAAGCAAAUGACUCGGAUCUGACAACAAUCAGGCUGCCUGAAAACUUGCCAGGAGGUGUAGAGGCUUUUGAACAAGCUGCUAAGUUUUGCUAUGGAAUUAACUUUGAAAUCAGUGCUGCAAAUGUUGUUGGGCUGUAUUGUGCUGCAGAGUGUCUACAGAUGACUGAAGAAUAUGCAGCAGGCAAUUUGGUUUCAAGGACUGAAGAUUAUUUGCAGCAGGUGGCAUUGAAGAACUUUUGUGGUGCCUUAGCAGUGCUUCAUUCCUGUAAAACCCUUCUUCCUGCUGCAGAAGAUCUAAAUAUUGUGAGUAGAUGCAUAGAGGCUGUGGCCUCUAAUGCAUGUACAGAGUUCAAUUUCAAUACCCUCCAAUGCUGGUGGGCAGAGGAGCUGACAGUGCUGAGUAUUGAUUUUUAUCAGAGAGUUUUACUAGCCAUGAAGCCCAAGGGACUGUCCUAUCAGGCUCUGGGAUCAUCCCUUGCUCUUUAUGCAGAGAAAUCUCUGCAAGGAAUUGUGUGGAAGGAGCAGGGUACUGUAAACAACAUGUGGGAUGAACAGAGAAUUCUGAUUGAGACUAUUGCGGGGCUCUUGCCAGCAGAGAAGAACACCAUGUCUGUUACAUUUCUCUGUGGUCUACUCAGAUCUGCAAUUUAUGUGAGCACAACAGAGGCCUGCAGGAUGGAUCUGGAAAGGAGGAUUGCUCUGCAACUAGACCAUGCAACUGUUGAUGAUCUACUCAUUAUCCCUGGUACUAGUGCAGACUGUAUCUAUGGUGUGGACAUUGUGCAUCGGAUUGCCAUUGAGUUUUUGGAUGUGGAAAAGCAUAUUGGGCUUUCAGAAGCUUGCUAUUGCUCCCCUUCUGUGAUAAAGAUCUGCAGAGUGCUGGAUAGCUAUUUGGCAGAGAUUGCGAAUGAGCCAAAUCUAAGUAUUGAGAAAUUUGUUGCAAUUCCCAUUCUGAUGCCAAGACAAGCACGGGAUGUGGAGGACAGCCUAUACAGGGCAGUUGAUAUUUACUUGAAGACACAUCCAUGUUUAGAUGAGCUACAACGUGAAAAGGUAUGUAGUAUAAUGGACUGCCAUAGACUUUCGUAUGAAGCUCGCAUGCAUGCAGCUCAAAACAACAGGCUGCCAGUCCAUACUGUAGUCCAAGUACUGUACCAUGACCAACUUCAAGUUCGCAGCACAAAGAUAAGUGAAUCAAAGAGGAAGUCACCCAAAACAGCUGCAGAUGUAACUGCAGCAGCUUAUUCUUCACCCAGAGAUAUAAACACUGCCAUUCUUUUCAAGGAAAAUGAAGAAUUGAAGAAAGAAUUGAUCAGAAUGAAAACGUACGUAAAGAAUCUAGAAAAGGAGCCUCAAGGUAAGAAGAUUUCAUUCCUUUCUUCGGUUACCAAGAAGCUUGGGAAGCUCAAUCCAUUCAAUCGUAAUGUUUCAAAAGAUACAAACAGUCUUGUAGACCAUGACGAGGCAGCUAGUUUACCACGGAGGAGAAGAUUUUCGAUCUCCUAGUCAAAUUUGGAAAGAUGUAUUCUGUACAAUAAUGUAAAUUGUAGUCCCUGUAUUUUGAGUUGUUGAAAUGUAUAUGCUAUCAAUUUGCAAGGAGGCGAUAAAAUCAAUUAUAAAAAUUGUAAUAUUACUUUA